AUGAGUACCGACGCAACAUCGAAGUAUAGCGCGCAGAACUUGAACGAUGUAUCUGGACUCGUGGCUGUGGUCACAGGAGGAGGAGGAGGAGGUACUGGUCUCGGUCUCAUCAUCGCAAAGACCCUCGAAUCCAACGGCGCGAAAGUCUACAUCACCGGCAGAAGACAAGAAAAGCUAGACGAAGCUGUAAAGCAAGCAGAACACAACAACCUAAUCCCAAUCCAAGGCGACACCAACUCCCACGCCGACAUCCAGCGAGCAAUCGACCAAAUCACCUCCGAACCCGGCUACAUCGACAUCCUCAUCAACAACGCCGGCCAAACCUCCUUCGACUCCACCCCCAACGCCCGCCCCAAACCCACCAGCGACUCCCCCGUCUCCGAAAUCCGCGACUACUACUUCAACUACCGCCCCCACGCCCUCUGGAACCAAGUCCUCGACACCAACGUCGCCUCCGUCUUCACCACCUCCAUCGCCUUCCUCGAGCUCCUCGACGCCGGCAACAAACGCAGAGCCUCGGAAUUGCCAACCUCCCAAAUCCUCACAAUAGGCUCCGUAGGCGGCCUCGCCCGCUCCACGGACUCAUUCAUUUACAACGCCUCCAAAGCGGGGGUGCACCAUCUCAUGAAGAAUCUAGGUUCCUUUUUGGCGCCGCAUGAUAUACGGACCAAUGUUAUAGCACCCGGGUGGUUUCCGAGCGAUAUGACGGUGCCGGUGCAGAAGGCGUGGGAGCAUACGGAGGGGGUGAUGCCGAGGUCGCUGGUGCCGGGGAGGAGGAUGGGGAGGGAGGAGGAGUUGAGUGCCACGGUGUUGUAUCUGUGUGGGAGGGGAGGGGGGUAUUGUAAUGGGAAUUUGGAGAGGGGAGGGGGAUGGGGUGGAAAGAGGGGUGUGGCGUAG